CGCUGGUAAGUCAGGGAGUUGAGUUCAGAAGGAGAUCCUGCUGACCUUAAAUCAUCUAACUUAGAGCUACAAAGCUGUUUAUUGUCUUUACAUCAUAAUCAAGGAACUAUAGAAGAUGACAUGUUUGAUGUUCAGAGAUGCUUUCUGGGGGUCAGAUUUUACCUGCCACGCUGGCUAUGAGGCUAUGGUGCAACGUUUACGAGAUGGAAGACAAAUGUGCAAAGAUGUGGAAGAACUUUUAAGAAUGAGGGCAGCAGCAGAGGAAAAGUAUGGCAGGGAAAUGGUGAGCAUUGCCCGCAAAGCUGGAGGACAUGCAGAAAUCAGCACUUUGAAAGCCUCCUUCCAGCAAUUAAAAACACAGAUGGAGAACAUGGGACUCUUUCACAUACAACUGUCGGAGGCAAUUAAAGAGGAGGUGAAAAAGAUUGAGGCAUUCAGGGAGCGACAGAAAGAGCAGAGAAAGAAGUUUGAAAGCAUCAUGGAGAAGGUGCAGAAGAAAAAAUUGUCUAUGUUCAGGAAAACCAUGGAGUCAAAGAAAAACUAUGAGGUGAGAUGCAAGGAGGCGGAUGAGGCUGAACAUACGACAAAGGCAGCCAUUGCAGCCAAACAAGGGGAAAAGGUACGCCACAGGGCCAAACAAUGCAGACAGUCAGUAUGUGAAGCAGAGAGGUUAUACUUAACCAACAUCACCCUGCUGGAAAGCGUUCGCCAGGACUGGGAGGAAACACACAGAAGCACGUGUGAGGUGUUCCAGCAGCUGGAAACCAAUCGAAUUAACAUGCUCAGGUGUACCCUGUGGGACCACUGCAAUCAUGUCUCCAUGCAGUGUGUCAAAGACGACGAGUUCUAUGAGGAGGUGAGGAAGCACCUGGAACACUGUGACAUCACCACUGACAACAAUUGUUUCAUCGAGAUGAAAAGGACUGGUUGGCAUCCACCAGAGCCUAUUGUAUUUGAGAGCUAUUACCCAAUGGAUGGAAAUGGCCAAGCCCACCCAGCAGAAGAUGUCCUGAGGAGGUGCUCUGAUCCUCUACUGGGAGGUUCUGUGGAGAGAAACGGUCCUCAAAAACUCCCAUCUAGCGGGGAAGCUGAGAUGUCAGAUGGGUCAUACGCAUCACUGCCAACAUUGGACACGGACACCUACAUUGUGCUUUAUAACUACACCGCACAGGUGGCAGAUGAGCUGACCAUCUGCAGAGGUGAUGUGGUUCAGGUCCUGGAGAGAGGAGAGGAUGGCUGGUGGACGGUGGAGGGACACGGGCAGACGGGAAUCGUGCCUGGGAACUAUCUGGGAAAACCGUGAAUAAACUCAUAAAGGGUCAAGUGAAACAAAAUCACUAGUGUUACUGAAAAAAGAUACUAGAAACAGGAAACUGGAAGCAAAUACAUUGUUCCUGCUUAAAUUCAUCAUUUCAUUUCCCCUUUAAAGGAACAAUAUGCUGUAAUUUUAUAUUCAUCAAAUAAUAAGAAUAAUCGAAAUAAUAAUCGGGUACUGUUGAGGCCGUACUCCUGCUAAAAUUCAACUCUAAAUCCCCCAAGUCACUUCCUGUCCACAAGUCUGGAAGACAUUUAUUCAAACGUACACAAGCAUAAGUCUUAUGUAUGUCAUAUAUGGCUUAUUUUUAUAUAUAUAUAAUAAUGGGUAUGUCUAGGGUGCUCUAAUGUUAAAAGAAAGUGAAUGUAGACGGGUAAAGAGGUUUUCUAUGCUCUAACUAUGAAAGUAUUUAGAAAUAAGGAAUCCUACUUCAUGGAAAUUCAUUUAUCUAGGUAUGGUAUGGAACCAAUUCACCCAAAUAAAGGAGGGACGACUGUACUGUUUGAAGAUGACGCACAGGUGAAUUUUUCUUCAUUUUUCUCAAGCUGCUGCACCUACCCCCAAUGUCUCCUGGUGCCUCACCCUUUGAAAACCACCAUGUUUUAAAUAUGCAUUAAAAAAUAAAGUACACAAUGUAAAAUG